AUGACUCAACGCAGCUCCUUCUUGUCGCCGACGCGCAAGGUAUCGAAGCGCGCGACGGCGCCGCAGUUUAUUCAAAAGACGCACGCGCUCUUCUGUAACGCGCCCGCCCACAUUGCCCAAUGGCACAACGACGGCACAACGAUCUUGGUCCACGACCCGUACGCGUUCUCGCGCGACGUCCUGCCGCGCUAUUUCAAGCACCGGAAUUUCCUGUCGUUCGUGCGGCAGCUCAACUUUUACGGUUUCCACAAGUACAAGCUCGAGGACGCCGAAGCGUUUACGUGGGAAUUUCAGCACGAGCACUUUCUGCGCGACGCGCCCGAGCGCAUGCACGCCAUUCGGCGUAAUACGCCGCCGCCGUCGUCGCCCAAUGACGUGGCCGACGUGGCCGAGCCCGCGUUGAGUCCCGCCGUCCAAGCCCACUUUGACCGCCUCUCGAGCCAAGUCGCGCAGCUCAGCGAGUGUGUGGCAGAGCUCGUGCGAGAGUACGACGAGGAGGACCUGCGCGCGCAAAGUAGUGUACACGCGGUGCAGGAGAAGCCGCCACUGCGUAUUCACAACGUCGAGUUUACGGCGCAGGACUUGGCCAUGGUGGACGAGGUCCUCGCCAUCUUGUCCUUGUAA